CAUUUGACACCGAAUAUAAACAAAGACAAACCAAAGAACAAUAUCAGACCACGGUCGGGACUUUUUGCUAUGGCUAGUGAAACGGGCCAGCGACGAAUCGAUAUUCUCUCAAGACCAAAGCAGACACCAGAAGGUUUUAUCGAGGAUAAGCGUUCAGUGUACUCUGAUUGUAAAAUUUCCAAAGACUGGAGCAAAACUCAGACUGGUACAGAAUCAAAUUCCACCCCACGGCUUGAACAAUUGUCUCAACCUAAAACCUUAUCAAAAGAAUAUGUUGGCGAUAGACCAACCCCAAUCUGGCAAGUUUCAUCAGCAGCAAAGAAUGCUGAGCCAACAGCAAGAUUGGAAACAUUGUCAAGAUCAAAAUCAUUUCACCAGGAAUAUGAACCACCAAAGAGUGUGUACUCUGUCGUCACCGAUGGAGCUAAGUCGGCAAAUGCAUCUGCAAGAGUUGAAAACCUUGCAAAACCAAAAAACUCUGCAGCUUUGCAAACAAAUCAGUCUUUAUGGGAGUGGAGCGAAUGGAAUUACUCUGUAAGCGAUGCCGCUAGGACAGCAACGCCUUCAGAUCACACAUUACAAUUAGCUGUGGCAAAGAAAACUCACGGAAAUUAUAAAGAAUGCCGGGAAGUACGAUGGGCAAUAUCUGAGACUACUCUCAAAGCAUUGCCAUCUUUGAGAGUACAGCAAUUAGCAAGACCAAAAAGCCGGAGUCAAUAUAUAGACCAUUAUGAUGAGAAUACAUACAAGGUUUCUGCUGCAGCAAAGCACGCUCAGGCUACACCAAGAUUAGAGGAACUCUGCACUCCAUUACCAAGAAAGGUUAGACAGAAAAAGGCACUGACUUCAUCUUCAUAAGACAUAUCUUUUCAAGUCCUUUUGCAGAAAAGAUAUUGAAAAAAUAAUAACGUUAAUAGAUACCAAA